CCACACCCUCUCCUCACAUACUAAUUAACUGCAACUUUCUUUUCUUAAUUUCUCUCUAUUAGUCUGCAUGCUCUGCAAACUGAGCAUGGCUCCUCUCGCAUUUUCCUUCUUCUUCAUCCUUAUCACAUUCUUUUCUUCAUCAUCUGAAGCGGGAUCCGUUGGAAUAAACUAUGGAAGGGUUGCGAACGACCUACCUACACCAGCGAAAGUGGUGGAGCUUCUGAAGGCACAAGGUCUGAACCGUGUGAAGCUCUACGACACCGACGCCACCGUCUUAACCGCGUUUGCAAACUCGGGAAUCAAGGUCGUAGUUGCCAUGCCAAACGAGCUUCUUGCCAACGCCGCCGCGGACCAGUCCUUCACCGAUGCGUGGGUCCAAGCCAACAUCUCCACCUACUACCCCGCCACGCAAAUCGAAGCCAUAGCCGUCGGAAACGAAGUCUUCGUCGACCCCAACAACACAACAAAGUUCCUCGUACCCGCCAUGAAGAACGUCCACGCUUCUCUAACAAAGUACAACCUCGACAAAAACAUUAAAAUCUCCUCACCCAUCGCACUCUCCGCGCUCCAGAACUCGUUCCCCGCCUCAUCCGGUUCCUUCAAAACCGAACUCGUCGAACCGGUUAUCAAACCCAUGCUCGACCUGCUCCGCCAAACCGGUUCCUACUUAAUGGUGAAUGCGUAUCCGUUUUUCGCUUACGCUGCAAACUCUGAUAAAAUCUCUUUAGACUACGCGCUAUUCAAGGAAAACCCCGGCGUGGUUGAUUCCGGUAAUGGUUUAAAAUACACGAACUUAUUCGACGCUCAAAUCGACGCCGUUUUCGCUGCCAUGUCAGCACUCAAAUACGACGACGUUAAGAUCGCGGUUUCGGAAACGGGUUGGCCUUCUGCUGGGGACUCUAACGAGAUUGGAGCCAGCCCCGACAAUGCGGCGUCGUAUAACGGAAACUUGGUUAAACGCGUGUUGAGUGGGAGUGGGACCCCCUUGAAGCAAAAUGAGUCACUCGAUGUUUUCCUCUUCGCGCUUUUCAAUGAGAACCAGAAAACGGGUCCCACGUCGGAGAGAAACUACGGGCUGUUCUACCCCACUGAGAAGAAGGUUUACGAUAUUCCGCUCACGGCGGAGGAAAUCAAGGAGGCGCCGCCGUCAGGAGUAGGGAAGAGCCAGGUUCCGGUGAGUGGUGAGGUGUCAACGACGACGUCUAAGGGCCAGACAUGGUGCGUAGCUAGUGGCGGUUCUUCGGAGAAGAAGCUGCAGAACGCUCUUAACUACGCUUGCGGAGAGGGUGGGGCUGAUUGCACUCCAAUUCAACCAGGUGCCACGUGUUACAAUCCUAACACCUUGGAGGCACAUGCUUCCUACGCCUUCAACAGUUACUAUCAGAAGAAGGCACGUGCAUCCGGCACGUGCGAUUUUGGUGGCACUGCUUAUGUCGUCACUCAGCCCCCUAAGUAUGGUAACUGCGAAUUCCCCACAGGAUACUGAAUGGACCACGGAGAUGGAUUGUUUCUGGUGAAGCCUUGAUUUGGAUUUAACUGGGAUUUGCCGGAGUUUUUAGGAGCUUUUCUCUUCUUUGUUAUCCAUUCGUAGCACGUGUUUAGGCUUUGAGAAAUAUGCGUUAGCGUUACUGUUUGUAAUAAAUCAUUAUGAUUACUUUGGAGGGUUAUUGAUUUCUUUGACUCAUUUAUUUUGUAAUUAUCUCUAUUUAUUUAUUUUUAAAUGAAGAGAAGUAUAGAAUACAUUUCUUUAGAA